GAUUACCCGAGAAACGGUGAGUUUCUAUCUUAAGUUGCUACGACUAUCCAUCGGUCGUUUUGGGUUUUCCUCAUCGGUGAAGAGAUUUUUUUGUCUCCGGCGUCGUUUUGGCUAGUUAUAUUGUUGUUAUUGUUAUCCGUAAAUAGCGGAUGGAAGCGAAUCCCGGGCCAAUUGAUGGUUCUGUACUCUAUGAUCAAGACAAACAUGUCUCUGCUGCUGUUUGGGAAGGCCAGGAACGUGGUGCGCUUAGAUGCCAUGAGCAUACCUCAAAAUUGGGUGAGUGGAAGUUAACUUCGGAUCAGAUUGGGUUGGUGGAUAAAGCUGGAUUUGGGUUUUUGAGAAAGAUUCCUGCUAUUAGCCUAGAUAAUCCUCUAAUUUCUGCGUUAGUUGAGAGAUGGAGGAGGGAAACAAAUACUUUUCAUUUCACUGUUGGUGAAAUGACGGUUACCCUACAAGACGUUGCAUUGUUGUUGGGAUUAGCGAUUGAUGGGAAGCCUGUUAUUGGUUUAACGUAUACAACUUGUAGCUCUGUUUGUGAAAGGCUUCUCGGGAGAGCUCCUGAUUCAAAAUAUGCGAGUGGUGGGAUGGUUAAACUGAGUUGGUUGAAGGAGUUCUUUUCUAAUUGUCCUGUGGAUGCUCCGACUGAAGUGGUUGAGCAGUGCACACGCGCUUAUCUUCUCUACCUUGUGGGGAGUACAAUAUUCUCUACCACCACUGGAAAUAAAGUUCCUGUUAUGUACCUUCCAUUGUUUGAAAACUUUGAAGAAGCUGGGAAUUAUGCUUGGGGGGCAGCAGCAUUGGCCUUCUUGUACAGAGCGCUUGGCAACGCAUGUGUCAAGUCUCAAAGUACCAUCUGUGGAUGUUUAACCUUGCUUCAGUGUUGGAGUUACUUCCAUCUGAAUAUUGGAUGUCCUAAGCUCAAUCGGGAGCCCAUCCAUGAUCAUUUUCCUUUUGUGCUCAAGUGGAAGGGGAAACAAAGUGGGCCAACAACAAACCGUGAUGUAGUUUUCUACCGCAAGGCAUUGGAUUCACUGAAACCGAUUGAUGUGGUGUGGCUUCCGUACACAGGUUUGGACGGUUCACAAAUACCACCACACAUUAAAAGAACAUUGGUUUUGGGAAGAUCUAAAACGACGCUUAUAUGUUUUGAUAAGGCAGAGAGACAUCUCCCUGACCGUUGUCUAAGGCAAUAUGGCAUGCUUCAGCCAAUCCCAGGAGAUGUCGUACGGUGGGUAAGAAAGAGCAGAGGAGUUGAUGGCGGGGUAGACUUGUCCGGGAAAAUGGAAUCAGAACUUAAUGAAUGGUCUGACCGUCAACGUAAUAUUUUGAAUAUUGAGGAUGGUGUGGAUGAAGUCGAAUAUAUGCAAUGGUACUCAAGAAUUACCCGUAGAGUUGUAGGCCGGCCUAUAUCCUUAUCAUCCGAGUUCCAAAGAACGAUUUCCGGUUUAAGGGAAAUUGCCUACCUGGCAGAUUCAUUCUCCACAAAAGGGUUGGACGGGCAACAAUUUGAGUCAAUUACAAGGAUCAGAUUUAUUGCACAAGACUGUUUAAGGGACCAGGUUGGAAGUCCCAUCACACCAUCUCCUCCCCCACAAUUAGAACUUGGGAAAAGGUCUAGGGGAAAGGAAAGAGUAAGGAGAAAAGGUUCUCUGAAACGCAGGAGAAAGGAUGAUCCAAUGGAGAACUAUGAAGGUAGUGAGGAUGACCAAUCUCAUUUUUAUGAUGCAACCAUUGAGGUCGAUCAAUUGCAAUUACGUCAGGCACAGGACGCAGUUGGUGAAUUUCAGUUACCGCAGGCAGAUGAUGAGGUUGAUCCACGACAGCUGUGUCUUACUCCUGACGAGGAAAAUACUGCAGAGCUGCAUGUUGUGGAGAACAAGGCUGAUGAUGUACAUCUUAGCAACACAGCUGAUGACCUUGAUAAUUCUCAGCCUUACAGUGUGACUAAUGAUAUGGUCGAAAAUCCACUUUUCUGUAAUGCAGCCAUGGAAGCGGAUAUUUACUCUGAUGUUCAUGAGCCAAAUAAUGAGGUGAGCGAGUCUGAGCUCUGUCGGGCGAAAACUGACGAAGUUCAUGAUUCUAAGCCUUGUGACUCAACAAACGAGGUCAAUGAUCAAAACCUGCAUGUUGCAACUAUUAAUGAAGUUAAAGAGGCAAAUGAUUCGCAGCUCGCUGAUCCUCUUGAAGAGGCAAAGGACUCGCAGCUCUCUGAUUCAGUUAAUGAGGAAAAGAACUCGCAGCUCUGUGAUGCAACUAUUGUCAAUAAGGAUUCACAGCAUCUUGAUGCUUAUGAACAAGUGACUGUUUUACAGCUCCCUGAUGCCACUUUGGAGGGUGACUUCUCACAGCUUUUAACUAAAGAGGGGAUUGGCUCACAGAUUCCUGAUGCUUAUAACGAGGUGGAGGGCUCACAACUUUAUGAUUCAACUGAAGAGCUGAAGGACUCGCAGCUUCCUGAUGCUGCUAAAGAGGUGGAGGGCUCGCAACUUUCUGUUUUAACUGAAGAGCUGAAGGAGUCACAACUUCCUAAUGCUACUGAAGAUGCGGAGGGCUCGCAACUUUCUGAUUCAAUCGAAGAGUUAAAGGACUCACAGCUUCAGGAGGCAGCUGAAAAGGGAGAGGAGUCACAAUUUCUGAGUGCAACUAAAGAGGGUAAAGACAUGCAGAUUUCUGAUGGAAAUGAAGAGAGUGAUUUGGGGCUUCAGAACCCAGCUGAAGAGGGGAAGGACUCUGAGCUCUCUGAUACAAUUGAAAAAGGGGUUCCACAACCUCCUAAUUCUACAGGAGAGGCCAAUGACGUAGAGAUUCCUGAUGCCACUGAUGGGGCAAAUGAUUCUAAUCUCUCUCAUUCAGCUGAUGACAGUUAUUCUGUCGCCAAAGCGGCAUUUGAAUGAAGUUCCAAGGAUCAAGAAUUAGAAGUUUCAUUUUUGUUAUCACGAAUAUAUCAAGACUAACAUUAUUAGGGAGUUGGUGCUUUGGACAACUGGCUGUACUAGAAGAACUUCAUAUCGUUUUGAGGUUUUAACAUCUUGCAUCAUGGGGCUUAAAGAGAGUUUUGUUUCAUGUUUCAUCUAAGGGAAAAUGUUAAAUUACAAGGGUGCUUACCAAGUGUUGACAUCUUGUCCAUUCAGUGAUUUACUAGUGGUCUUUUUCAUUAGAAAUUUCAAGUUCCUCGCAUGUAUUUUGGUUAGGAUGUAAAUUGGUUUUCAUAUAUGCCUGUUAGAUUAGCUAUUAUUGAAUUCUGACUUCCCUUUACUGUAACAUAUGUUUCAUGCUAUGUUGAGAUAGCUUUUUAUCGAAACAUGCCUUGCGAAUUUCAA